AGCAAAAUCUACAGAGACUCAAAUCUCCUCUCCUGCAAGCUGCGCAUUACAUACCCGAGUCCACACAGAUGGAUUUUUAGAGGCAGACCUCAAUGCGGACGGAACGACAUGCACUAUCUGAUAUUUAAAUCCGUUCGAUACAACAUGAGAUCAACAGUCUAAAGUUUCAUCUUUUCAUCGUUUGUGUUGAUAUAUCCCCAGAUAAACAGUCAUCAUGCCGGAGCAGAGCAACGACUAUCGCGUGGUGGUGUUCGGCGCCGGAGGUGUGGGGAAGAGCUCCCUGGUUCUCCGCUUCGUCAAGGGGACCUUCCGCGACAGCUACAUCCCCACCGUGGAGGACACAUACAGACAGGUGAUUAGCUGCGACAAGAGCAUCUGCACACUCCAGAUCACAGACACCACAGGCAGCCACCAGUUCCCCGCCAUGCAGCGUCUGUCCAUCUCCAAGGGCCACGCCUUCAUCCUGGUCUACUCUGUCACCAGCCGUCAGUCUCUGGAGGAGCUCAAGCCCAUCUAUGAGCAGGUGUGUCAGAUCAAGGGCGAAGUGGAGACGUGUCCCAUCAUGCUGGUGGGCAACAAGUGCGACGAGACGUCGGCGCGCGAGGUGGAGACCACGGAUGGCGACGCCACGUCCAAAAAGUGGAAGUGUGCCUUCAUGGAGACGUCAGCCAAGACCAACCACAACGUCAAGGAGCUCUUCCAGGAGCUGCUCAACCUGGAGAAACGCAGGACUGUCAGCCUCCAGAUCGACGGCAAAUCGAAGCAGCAGAAACGUGCCGAGAAGCUCAAGGGCAAGUGUGUGGUCAUGUGACGUGGACUUAAGGAGAAGGAGUUGGUGGAAGUGCAGGAGGCCCGAAAAAUCUCAAAGGGACGAAAGGCAAGGAGCGAGGGAGAAACAAGGUUUGGAGGGGGUUCGGACUCUUGCCAUGGGGCAGACCGUGCAUCGUAAGACAAACUCCUGCAGACAAGCUAAAAUACCUGGAAGUUUACAUCCAACGGAAAGAGUGGAACAAGGGUAUGCCUACUACACUAAGAUUUAUUCAGCCUGACUCAUUGUCACAUCCAACAGCCAAUCAAACAGAGCGGAAGAGGCCCCAUGAAGAAGAUUUCUCCUUUUCAGCCACAUACACAGAGACGCUUUGAAUGAAAUCAUACUUAUUCCAAGUUUGCAACCAAGAGGAUUCUUUAAUUGAACCUACUGUAGAAUUGCACCCAUUCGAGGUCUCAACACUAAUCAGCACCAGUGCUUGGCAACCUUCCCCUAGCCCCCAGAGACCCCUAACCUCUACGAAAACCCCAGAGACAGACAGAGCUGAGCUAAACAGAGGCAGUCCGAGAGAUGCAUGGAUCCCAUAGCUGACAUUUUAGAAACCACUAGAUUUGUAUGUCUGCAAAAACAUUGACAGAAGCCAGGUAGUAAAAUGGUGACCAGGAAAAGUAUGUUUUUAGAAUGGAAUCCAACUCAUAUUUUGCUCCCAAGAUUAUUGCUAUACAGGAGCAGUACUCUUAGGAGCGGACGUGGCAGUUGAGUCAAACUGUCAGGCUGUCUGUUAGGUACUUAAAACACAAAAUACAAGUGUUUUACUCUAUUGUUUUUUUAUUUAUAUUUUUAUAGUUUAGUAUUUUUUGUUGUUGUGAAGGUUAUAUUUUCUAUUUAUACUGUUCGAAGUUAUGGCCAAUGUAUCCCCAAUAUCCCCAAGAGAAGUCAUACAUACAUGGAUUUAUGGUCAGAUCUGUUCCAUUGAUGGUGGUGUGACGUGCAUUUAGAAAUAUAUGUUUUACCAAUAUUUAUAGUGUUAUAGUCCAUUUGACAAGGAGAACUACAAUUAACUACAAUGGAAAAAAAGCACUAUAAACCUUUUAAGAAUGUUUAGCAAAGACUAUUCCUUAGUAUUGAGACUAGUUUUGAUCAUAGAUCAUAGUUGUAGAUUGCGUUGCAGUCGAAUUGAUAUACAUUGUUAGUUAUCAUUUGAGAUGUUUUCGAUAGACUUCUAUCAAGGGCAAUGGCAGAGGGAGAUAGGAGCUUCACAGCAAUAUUACGUAGAUAAACUGUGUGAUUUGUGAUGUCACUUCCUUUGGAGGUAUUGGGUUGCCAUUCAAUUUAUUUCCUUGUCACCACCAUAUUUACUAUCAUCAUCAUGCAUUAUAUGCAGAUGUGUAUGUCUUGUGUCAACAUAGCUUAAGGUUUUUCUUAUUACAUUUUUAUAAUAGGAAUGAUAUAUUACCAUAAAUUGGAGGAAGACAAUUUAACAUAGGAAAUAAGCAUAGAUUCACUUUUUCAACUAUUCAAAAUGUCAUUGCUCCUAGAAAACAUGAAGUGUAAACAGAACAUGUCUGUGUCGAUAACUUGUGUUAUCUUUUUCAAAAUAAGGUACUGUCACAAAAUGGCAGAGCAAACAUAUAACACUAUAUACUGGCAGUUGUGGUAUUUAUCAGUGUGUUACCAUAAAGACAGAAUGAGAGUUAAAAAUAUAAAAAAUAUCCCUCACACGGAAAGCAAAUGUUUAGCUAACUUUAUCCAUUUCAGUAGACCUGUGUCACGUAUGUACACAUUGGACAUAUAUCUGUUUCAUCCAUUUUAUUUUGGAGAAUCAUACUCAAUAUGUAACCGUGUAUUUUACAUUAUAUUUAUUGUUAAUACCUUGGCAGACAAUUGAAAUGAAAGGAAUGGCAUGUGUGUAGAUAUUUUCAGUACGGCGGGGUGUUACUAUAAGCAGUGCGUUCUGGGUUCAUAGUUAGCUUGUAUUGCUGCCACUGGCUAGCUUUGUAUACAGAGCAAGUGAGUAGAGAAACUGUAAGAUAUUGGACAAGUCAAUAAUGUUGUUAAAUCGAGUUAGAUAGGUUUAUGCAAAUAGGCUCAUCCAAAGUAACUAGAGGAUGACAUGUCAAAUAACUUCCUUAAGUAAAUUUAGUGGAUCGUCGGAGUACAGUAAAACAUCAUCAGGAAAGUGUAACGUGGGUUAGGAAAGUGUAACGUGGGUUAGGAAAGUGUAACGUGGGUUAGGAAAGUGUAACGUGGGUUAGGAAAGUGUAACGUGGGUUAGGAAAGUGUAACGUGGGUUAGGAAAGUGUAACGUGGGUUAGGAAAGUGUAACGUGGGUUAGGAAAGUGUAACGUGGGUUAGGAAAGUGUUACGUGGGUUAGGAAAGUGUAACGUGGGUUAGGAAAGUGUAACGUGGGUUAGGAAAGUGUUACGUGGGUUAGGAAAGUGUUACGUGGGUUAGAAAGUGUAACGUGGGUUAGGAAAGUGUAACGUGGGUUAGGAAAGUGUUACGUGGGUUAGGAAAGUGUAACGUGGGUUAGGAAAGUGUUACGUGGGUUAGGAAAGUGUAACGUGGGUUAGGAAAGUGUAACGUGGGUUAGGAAAGUGUUACGUGGGUUAGGAAAGUGUAACGUGGGUUAGGAAAGUGUUACGUGGGUUAGGAAAGUGUAACGUGGGUUAGGAAAGUGUAACGUGGGUUAGGAAAGUGUAACGUGGGUUAGGAAAGUGUUACGUGGGUUAGGAAAGUGUUACGUGGGUUAGGAAAGUGUAACGUGGGUUAGGAAAGUGUAACGUGGGUUAGGAAAGUGUAACGUGGGUUAGGAAAGUGUAACGUGGGUUAGGAAAGUGUAACGUGGGUUAGGAAAGUGUUACGUGGGUUAGGAAAGUGUAACGUGGGUUAGGAAAGUGUAACGUGGGUUAGGAAAGUGUAACGUGGGUUAGGAAAGUGUAACGUGGGUUAGGAAAGUGUAACGUGGGUUAGGAAAGUGUUACGUGGGUUAGGAAAGUGUAACGUGGGUUAGGAAAGUGUAACGUGGGUUAGGAAAGUGUUACGUGGGUUAGGAAAGUGUUACGUGGGUUAGGAAAGUGUAACGUGGGUUAGGAAAGUGUAACGUGGGUUAGGAAAGUGUAACGUGGGUUAGGAAAGUGUUACGUGGGUUAGGAAAGUGUAACGUGGGUUAGGAAAGUGUAACGUGGGUUAGGAAAGUGUAACGUGGGUUGGGAAAGUGUAACGUGGGUUGGAAAGUGUUGGGUUAGGAAAGUGUAACGUGGGUUAGGAAAGUGUAACGUGGGUUAGGAAAGUGUAACGUGGGUUAGGAAAGUGUAACGUGGGUUAGGAAAGUGUAAGGAAAGUGUAACGUGGGUUAGGAAAGUGUUACGUGGGUUAGGAAAGUGUUACGUGGGUUAGGAAAGUGUAACGUGGGUUAGGAAAGUGUUACGUGGGUUAGGAAAGUGUUACGUGGGUUAGGAAAGUGUAACGUGGGUUAGGAAAGUGUUACGUGGGUUAGGAAAGUGUAACGUGGGUUAGGAAAGUGCUUCAAGACCAAUGCUACAAGAAUUCAAGCCUAUUUUCAGUCGACUUCAAAGCCAGAAUUAUUGAAUUUCAUACUUAACACUGUUUUAAUCAAAUGCCUGUAUAGACAUCAUGUGUGCCUACAUGUUUAUAUUUAAUUGUAUAUAUUGAGUCACAAGAAUAAAGGAAAUUAUGCAUUUAA